AUGGACGAUUCCGAAAACCGAGAGCAGGAAAUCGAACUUCUUUCCGCAGUUUACCCGGACAUUUUAAAAAAUAGAAAGUCCGAAACGGCUCAUUUUCUUUUUUUCGAUCAAUCGAUCCGCCUCACCGUCGAUUUACCCAAUGAUUACCCUUCCAGGUUAUUUUAUAAUUAAAAAAAUUAUCAGAAAUAUUAUUUUAAGUGCUCCACCGAGAUACGAGCUCAGCGGGCCAUCCUUAACGCGAAAUGAACGGAUACACUUGGAAAAUUCUUUAAACGAGGAAUUUUUGAAAAAUCUCGGCAUGCCAGUCUUGUACAACUGGGUCAACAUGCUUUUGGAAUUUGUGACGGUUUAAUUUUUUUUUAAAUUUUUGUUGAAAAAUAUUUUUAGGAAAGAGAAGGAGGUUCAAAUGAGAAUCAAGACGAUUCGAUGGAUUCCAGGGAUAGUCAAGAUUCAUUGGAUGAGGAAGAAGUUGGUUUUUGACAAGAAAAAUGAACAAAAUUCUAAUUUUGAGCCAAAAAAUUGCUCAAUCUGAUUUUUGUGAAUAUUAAACUAAUUUAGGGAAAAUUUGGCUUGAAAAAUUUGAAAAAUUCAAGCAAUCAAUUGUAUUUUAGCCCAAAAAACUUGAAAAAAGCCUCAAAAUUUUGAUUUUUCCUUUUUGAUCGUAUUGGACCUAAAGAACGAUAGAGUGGUCCCUAUAGGGAUCCUUGAAGGUUUCUCUAGGGGUCAUUAUAGCGAUAAAUUGGCGUCUUUUCAAUGAAAAAAAUGAUAUUAGGGGAUCAAUCAAUAAAAAAAAUUUUUGAAGUACCCUAUAGGGACCCCUUGAGCUUUAGGGGCUAAGAGAUCAGACGUUCGAACCCCUGGGGGAUCCACCUUAAUUUUACCCCUUUAGGGAUCACUUUUUCAAUCUCUAAAGGCUCUGUUUCCCCCAAUCCCUAAAGAGACCACUUUGAUUUUUUUUUCUUUCCAGAAAGUCAAUACUUUUGAAUGAAGCUUAAAACACAAGAUUUUAUAAAAAAAGGAUAAUUUUCAGAUCCCCCAACUAGACAUCAAACACGGCGAGGUGUUUACGGACCGGAAAAGCAAUUUUCAAGCUCAUCUUUCCGUUGUCAAGAGCAAAAAAGACGUCUGUUUCGAAAUCGAUUUAGCUUCGAAAAACCAAUUUUGAGGUCGAAAACAUGCUGAGAACCUUGAAAAGCAACACGAAAAUCAUGCGAGCCACGCAUAAUAUCUACGCGUAUCGGUAUACCGAAAUCAAGGACGGACGAAAUUUUCCGUGGGUUUCAUUUUUAAAGGCGCAUGGGGGUGAUUUUAAAAGAGUCUUGAAGCGAAGAGCCGUUUUUUGGGCUAUUUUUGAUUUUUCAGCUCCAUUUUUUUGAAUAAAUAAGUUUUUCAAGGGUCCACGACUGCGAGGAUGACGGCGAAACCGGCGCCAGUUCAAAAAUGUUGGAUCUCAUGGAUCGAAUGAGCGCUGAUAACGUUAUUGUAAGUUUUUACAGUUAAAACAGGUCACUUAGAGAGGCCAGAGUGGUUCCUAUAGGGGCCACUUCAACUCCCCCUAUAGGAGGCACUAAAACUUGCCAGAGUGGCCUCUCUAAGGGAGCACUUUAGUGGUCUCAAUACGUCUUUAACUGUAUAAUCAGAAAAAAUUGAAAGACCCCUAUAGGGACCACUUGAGCAUUAGAAGAAAGACCUUAAACUCCUAUAGGGACCACCUUAAUUUUAGCCCUCUAGGGGUCUUUUUUUCAAACCUGACCCCUCUAGGAACCACUCUGGCAUAUCCUAUUGAAGCCUUGUUAUAAAAUUAAAGUAAUCCAAAUCUUUUAAGGUUAAAAUCCUUAAGGUAUCCUUUAAAAAUCAGCUUAUUUCUGCACAUUUUUUUGGCUUUUUCAAAAAUUCAUAGAUCCUUUCGAAAUUUCUCGUUUUAUUAAGGGGAAAAAGCUUAAAAUUUUGAGUAAUUUUUGAAAAUUGAGGCUCUCUAAAGCUUAAAAAGUUGAAAUGCUUAAGGUAUCCCUUGAAAAAUUGCUCAUUUCUGCACAUUUUUCCAAUUUUUCUUCAAAUUUUUGCAUCAACACUUUGAAAUCGCUCCUUUUAUACAGAAAAAAAGAUCACAAUUUGAAUAAUUUUUUUCAAAAAUUGAGGUACUGCUCAAAAAUAGUCAUAAAAUAUUUUUUUCAAAGAUUUUUUUCACUUGUUCACUACAAUCUUUCUUUUUUUCUAAAAAUUCUACUGAUUAUUUCGAUAUUUUUUUCAUUUUAUAAAGGGUAAAAGCUCAAAAUUUGGAGUAUUUUUUUGAAAAAUUAAGGUACUCGAAGCUUAAAAAAGUUAAAAAAAUCUUGAGGUAUUUCUCAAAAAAAUCUAUCAUUUCUGCACAUUAUUCACAUCUUUUUUUACGGUUUCACUGAUCUUUUUGAAAUUUAUCUUUUUAUAAAGGGAAAAAGUUCAAAAUUCGGAGAAUUUUUUGAAAAUGAACGUUCUCUAAAGCUUAAAAAGUUGAAAUGCUUAAGGUAUCCCUUAAAAAUCCUCUUAUUUCUGCACAUUUUCUUGGUUUUUUCAAAAAUUCAUAGAUCCUUUCGAAAUUUCUCGUUUAUAAAGGGAAAAAGCUCAAAAUUCGGAGAAUUUUUUGAAAAUUAAGAUGCUCCAAAGCUUAAAAAGUAGAAAAUCUGAGAAUUAAGACACUCCGAAGCUCAAAAAGUUAAAAAAACCCUUGAGGUAUCCCUUGAAAAAAACGCUUUUUUUGCACAUUAUUCACACUUUUUUUUGAAAUUCCACUGAUCCAAAAGAAAAAAGUUCAAAAUUUGAAUCAUUUUUUGAAAAGUUACGGUUCUUCAAAGCUUGAAAAGUUAAAAACCCUUAGGGGUAUCCCUUAAAAAUUCGCCUUUUUGCUCAUUUUUUUAAAAAAGGUUCGCUAAUCCCUCCGAAAUUCAUCGACAUCAUCUUCAAUUUUUACAUUCUUUUUCAAAAUGACGAAUUUUUUCAGGUGGUUGUGACACGAUGGUACGGCGGGAUUCACCUGGGGCCUGACCGAUUUCGACACAUUAAUAAUUUGACUCGGGAAAUUCUUGUUGCAAAUGGCUACGGCAAAAAAUAG